GAAAGAGGAAUGGUUUUACCUGAAACAUGGGUCAUGUUAUCUGGUGAAGUCUAUUGUGCAACACCAUGCUAGUGAAACAUUUAGCCCUGCUGUCAUAUCCACUAUGGACUUUGAUUCUGUAGACAAACACAAUCAGAAAGGAUCGUCACUGCAUUCAGUUUACUCAUAUUCUCUGUUGAGGAAGACGCAUCUUCAUCUAAACAACUGCAGCCAUGGUGUCAACUGACAAUCUGACAUCAUAUUUAUUAGAGGUAGCCCUGUCACACAUGGUCUUAACCUUCACUUUACUUCUGGCUGCUCACGCUGCCAUCCACUGGUACAUCAGAGAUUCCUACAAGGUGGAUGCCUUCAACAAGAAGCAUGUGUUCAUCACGGGCUGUGACAGCGGCUUUGGGAAUCUGCUCGCCAGACAGUUGGAUGGGAAAGGUUUCCAUGUCAUAGCUGCAUGUCUCACAGAGAAAGGUGCGGCAGAUCUGAAAGCAACGGCCUCCCCCAGACUGAAGACCCUCCUGCUGAAUGUUACGGACAGCUCGAGCAUUAGGAGGGCGGUGCAGUUUGUGAGCAAAGAGGUCGGGGAGCGAGGUCUCUGGGGUCUGGUGAAUAAUGCUGGCAGGUCCACACCGAUCGGCCCACCAGAAUGGAUGCAGUUUGAGGAUUUCGCAAAGGUUUUGGAUGUGAAUCUGAUAGGAGUUAUUGAUGUGACCCUCCAGUUUCUACCACUGCUGAAAAAGGCCCAGGGCAGGGUGGUUAACGUGGCCAGUAUACUGGGCAGACUGACUCUCACCGGUGGAGGAUACUGCCCGUCCAAGUAUGGAGUGGAAGCCUUCUCCGACUCCCUCAGGAGGGACAUGCAACACUUUGGCAUCAAAGUGAGCAUUAUUGAGCCUGGUUUCUUCAAGACGGCCGUUACCCAGAUCGAUCUUAUUAAUGCUGACCUGAAGAGGCUUUGGACUCGCCUCCCUCAAGAUAUCAAAGACUCCUAUGGACCUACAUACUUUGAUGACUAUCUGAAAUCUCAAGACUUCUCCAUGAACAUCUUGUGUAGCCCAGAUAUCUCUAAGGUGACCAGGUGUAUGGAGCACGCGCUGACAGCUCGUUUCCCACGCACGCGUUAUAGUGCCGGAUGGGAUGCCAAGUUUUUUUGGAUUCCUCUGUCUUACCUUCCUUCAUUUGUGUUGGACUUUGUUGUCCGUUCGCUUCUUCCCCUACCGAAGGCUUAAAGAAACUAAACCUCUCCUUUGGUGUGAGCACUGUUUGUGUAUGUGUGUGUGUGUGUGUGCAUGGCAACUAAAAGUGAUAAAAGAAAUAUUGUGGAAAAAAAGAUUUAAAAAAAAUAAUGUUUCAAGACUGUGUUACAAAAUAGGAAAUUUAUUCAUUCACGUCUCAGCAGCAUGUUGUGGAUGAUCACAGAUAAGUGUUUUUUUUAUUUGUCCUCAUUAUGAUGCAAAAUAAAUCAUUUCUGUAAAGAAUUUAUUCACCGUGUUUAUAAAACGUCUGCAUCCUCAGGUCACGUGUUGCUCUUCAACGAUAAUCAACUACAUGAAUUCAUUUCCGUGCAACAAACAGGGGCACGUUCAAGUAUUGUUUCAAACAAUUUUGGCCAUCGUUCCAAUAUUAUUACUUAAAAAAAAAAAAAGAUCAUGAUUCAUAAAGUCAGGGAACAUUAGUUUGAUUGAGUACAAUGAGUAUGCUUUGUGCACAUUUCAACAUCUUGCAUCUGUUUAUCCUGGAAAAUGAAAAUCAUAAGUUAAAAUCCAAUUAUUCUCGCUUUUAUUUAGUUUCCCGCCCUGAAAUGAGGUAUAUAAACAUGAAAGAUGAAUAAUACAUCUUCAGUUUUGUUCAGUGGCAAACAA